AUGUCCCAGCUCUCCUCCACCCUGAAGCGGUACGUCGACUCAUCCCGCUAUGCUGAGACCACCUACAGCAAGGUGCCCAGCGGCUACAGCUCCUGUACCUCCUAUGGAUCCACUUUGGCCACAUCCUACGCAGACAGCGACAAAAUCGGCUUCAAAAGCAGCUACCUGGCCUCCUCACGGUACCCCACAGGCACGUACAUCCGCACCCAGCCCCGGCUGCCCGGCAGCGGGCUGAGUGGGGGCGCUUGCUACACCUUCGCGGGGGCCCCCAGCAGCCCCGUGGGCUACCUGCCUACCACAGCACCUCUAAGUCGUCGCAAAUCCAUCAGCCACUCGGACCUGGCAUGGGAGUUUUCAGGGCUGCAUGCCUCGGACAACGCCUACACGCCCACCUCCAGCCCCCUCAGCACCCGGGGCCGCCAGGACCUCGACGCCCUGCAGGGUCUCUACCAGGCUGCCGCACGCUCCGACUAUGUCCGUGGCUACCUGGAGAGCUACGGGAGGAAAAGCAGCCAUGGUAGCCUCCCCACAGGCUCCCUCGGCCCCUCACAGGCCACCCUCGGCUCUACCCUGCUGCCCUCAGGCACCCGCUGCACCAGCCAGCCCUGCGAGAGGGAUGAUGGCUACUGCGACGUGCCCACCCGGGACCCCACGAGCUCCAAGGCAGUGCAGGGUCUGACCGGCCUGAGAAACCUCGGUAAUACGUGCUUCAUGAACUCCAUCCUGCAGUGCCUGAGCAACACCAAGGAGCUGCGGGAUUACUGCCUGCAGAACCAGUACCUGCGGGACCUCAACAACAACAGUCGCAUGCGCACCGCGCUCAUGUCAGAGUUUGCAAAGCUGAUUCAGCUGCUCUGGACCUCGUCCCCCAACGACAGCGUGAGCCCCUCCGAGUUCAAGACGCAGAUCCAGAGAUAUGCCCCCCGCUUCGUCGGCUACAACCAGCAGGAUGCACAGGAGUUCCUGCGGUUCCUCCUUGAUGGGCUGCACAGUGAGGUGAACCGUGUGCUGGUGCGGCCACGGGCCAGCACGGACACCUUGGACCACCUCCCUGAUGAUGAGAAGAGCCGCCAGAUGUGGAGGAGGUACCAGGAGAGGGAGGACAGCCGCAUUGGUGACCUCUUCGUUGGGCAGCUGAAGAGUUCUCUGACGUGCAGCGAGUGUGGCUACUGCUCCACAGCCUUCGAUCCCUUCUGGGACCUGUCCCUGCCCAUCCCCAAGAAAGGCUACGGGGAAGUGACCCUCAUGGACUGCCUACGGCUCUUCACCAAAGAGGACGUGCUGGAUGGGGACGAGAAACCGACAUGUUGUCGCUGCAAAGCCAGGACAAGGUGCACAAAGAAAUUCAGCAUCCAGAAGUUCCCCAAGAUCCUGGUGCUUCACCUGAAGCGCUUCUCAGAGGCCAGGAUACGAACGAGCAAGCUCACCACCUUCGUCAACUUCCAGCUGAAGGACCUGGACCUCCGGGAGUUUGCCUCACAGAGCUGCAACCACGCCGUUUACAACCUCUACGCCGUCUCCAACCACUCGGGCACCACCAUGGGGGGACACUACACUGCCUACUGCAAGAGCCCCGUCUCCAGCGAGUGGCACAGUUUCAACGACUCCCGUGUAACCCCGAUGUCAUCUAGCCACGUCCGCAGCAGCGAUGCCUACCUGCUCUUCUCUGAGCUGGGCAGCCCAUCCUCCCGCAUGUAG